GCAGUCGGGACGCCACUUCCGGGUUCUAACCUACAGAAUCACCUGUGUUUGGGAAGUUCUUCCGAUCCACAUGAGCAACCUGUGAAGCGCAGCAGCAGCUAUGAAUUCCUGCCUCCUUUCAUGUCUGAGCUGAGGGUUGUUCUGCUGGGGAACAGCUGGUCUGAGAGGAGUUCAGUGGGGAACUUCAUACUGGGAGAGACUAAGUUCAACACUGAGGAAGAACCAGACUGCUUCCUGAGAGAAAGAGUGCAGUUGAAGGGGAAAGAAGUAGUUCUCAUCAACACUCCAGAUCUGCUGCAUCCCCAGACCAUCCGACGGAGCAGACAGGCAGAAUUAAUCUCUGAUCCUGGACCUCAUGUGUUCCUGCUGGUUCUACAGCCUGAAGACUUCACUGAGGAACACAAACUGAAGCUCUGCAGAUUCCUUCAGCUCUUCAAUGAUCGAUCAUUUCAUCAUUCUCUGGUUCUGAUAUCAACACCCAGAAAGGAGAGUCCAGGUUUCAUGGAAAAAUACCUGGAACAUCCUCCCUUAAAAGACAUGAUCAAAGAGUGUCAGUACAGGUUUCUGUGGCAGAAGAAUCUGGAACUUCCAGAGCUGUUAACACGCUUGGGUCAAAUUGUGAAAGAGAACAAUGGAGAGCAUCUGAGCUCAGAUCGACCAAUAGAGGAUUUACUCCACGUGUUGUCAACCUGAAUUGAUCUUUCAGUCUACUAUUUUCUACUUUAAGAAGGUAAAGCCACUGUCCUGUUGUGAGUUUCUGAGUUUAGCUCAGGAGACUAAUUGCAUUUGAUGACAUCACCUUCCUGCAGGAGCCUAAUUACAGUGGUGGAGGAAGUACUCAUACAUAUUCAAUGUAUUUAAUGAAUUAAAGUAAGGUAGUCGUAUUAUAAUAUAUUAUUGGAAUAUCAUAUCAAAAGCAAUAUUUCCCUCCGAGAUGGAGAAGAAGUGUCUGAUUAAAGUGAUUAAAGUGUCUUUAUGCAAAUUAUUGUUAGUUACACGUAACAUGUGCAUUAUCUCACUUAACAAACAGUUCUGUGUUACUGUCUGACCACAGACCUGUUACUGUUAGUUACAGACACUGUGUAUGUACUGACUGAGGUGUUGAGGUGUUCAUUGUAUAUACGACUGUAUGGUAUUGUAUUUCCCCUUUAUCUUUAGAACCACACACAGGCAUGUGUACAUAAUGCUGGUAUUUAUACCCACUGACUGAUGAUUAAAGAUUUUGGAUUGAA